AACCACUGGAUGGUACAGAAUCAGUGAAAUUGCAGUAAGUUGUAUAAAUUGUUUUCUGAAUGAUAUGAUACAAUUUCCACAAUGCAUUUAUAUGGAGAAUCGAGGAGACAAAAGCAAUGAAACCAUAGACUACGAUUCAGCAGAAGACUGCACUUUUGACCACAAAAGUUCCAGAACAAAAAUACAUGUGAUACCUCAAGAUGUUUCAUCUGCAGUCAGUAAUGAUUCAAAUCUAAGUGUUAGUGAUACAGUUUCAGAAGAAAGAAAUGUAACACUGAUUUGGUUAAACAGAACUGAUCCUGAUAUACCAGAAAAGUCAAAGAGACGCAGGAAAAAGAAAAAUAAGAGGAAACAGAAGCAGAAAAAACAUAAUUUUGAUAGUGUAGUUUCAGUGACUUCUGAAGCGGCACACCAUAGGAUAUCACCAUUACUUGUAUUUGUGCUGUGGCUUAUUCUCUCCGGACUUUUGCGUGGCAUUCAAAGAUGCCAGCUCUCAUCACUCUCCAGACCUGCACUCAGCCAACAACAGCUGAUGGAGAAGGAAAAUGAUAGUGGCUCAGGUAGAUGUUCAAGAAGAACAAAUGAGGCAAUUUUGAAGUAUCCAGAUUAUUUUAAAGUUGCCAGUUUAUUUACUGUAGAAGACCUUUUCAAAGCCCGAGUUCACCUAGGACACAAAGAGGGGUCUCUUGAUCCGUGCAUGCAUCCCUUCAUCUUUGGGUCUCGCCUUGGUCAUCUCAUCAUAGAUCUUGACCAGACAUCGCAACAUUUACGUGAAGCUCUGAACUUCACAGCUCACAUAGCUUACCGUGGAGGAAUCAUACUUUUUGUCUGUAGGAAUCCACAAUUUCAGCAUCUGGUAGAAAACACGGCCAAAGAUUGUGGCGAGUAUGCUCACACCAGAUUUUGGCAAGGAGGAAUCCUCACGAACUCAACCAUCCAGUUUGGAUGUGAAACUCGGUUACCAGACCUUGUAAUCUUUAUUAAUACCUUGAACAAUGUCCUCACUCAGCAUACUGCAGUCAGAGAUGCAGCAAAGAUGUUGAUUCCUACUGUUGGUAUUGUCGAUACGAAUUGUAACCCAAACCUUAUCACAUACCCUGUCCCUGGAAAUGACGACACUCCUUCAGCUGUAAAAUUGUACUGUGAUUUGUUUAAAAAUGCAAUUUUAAGGGGAAAAGAAAAAAGAAAAGAGGAGCUUUGAUUGUAAUUUAUUUGUUUUCUUAUUGUAUAUUGAGUUCCAAGUAUAUGUAUCAUGUAAUUUUGCAAUGUAUACAACUUAUGGUGAAGUUC